AUGUGGAGACUCCUUGUCGCGUUCCUGCUGGCCACCGAAGCCCACGGCUGCGGGGAUCCAUCCUACUCCCCCGUCCGAACCGGGAGGGUAGUCAACGGAGAAGAGGCCAUUCCUUACAGCUGGCCCUGGCAGGUGUCCCUGCAGUACCAGUCUGGUGACUACUUCUACCACACCUGUGGGGGGAGCCUCAUCCACCCCAACUGGGUGAUGACCGCCGGACACUGCAUCCAUCCACAGUACCGCUACAGGGUCGUCUUGGGUGACCAUAACCUGUUCACGGAUGAGAGCACGGAACAGUACAUCCUGAUUAACUCUGGGGACAUCAUCGUGCAUCCCGGAUGGAACCCCAACUGCAUCGCCUGCGGGGAUGACAUCGCCCUGAUCAAACUCUCCCGCCCGGCUGUGCUCAACGACAAGGUGAAGCUGGCCUGCCUCCCCCCAAGAGGAGAGGUGCCCCCCAACUAUGAUCCCUGCUACAUCACUGGCUGGGGCACGCUUUACACUGGAGGCUCCAUCCCUAGCAACCUUCAGCAAGCGCUGCUGCCAGUGGUGGAUUACCCCCAUUGCUCCGAGCCAGACUGGUGGGGAACAACGGUCAAGGAGACCAUGGUGUGUGCCGGUGGGGACAUCAAAGCCGGCUGCAACGGUGACUCCGGCGGCCCCCUCAAUUGCCCAGCUGCUGACGGCCGCUGGUACGUCCAGGGAGUGACCAGCUUCGGUUCGGCAUGGGGCUGCAACACCUUGAAAAAGCCCACGGUCUUUACCCGAGUCUCGGCUUUCAUCCCCUGGAUUGAGCAGGUAUAG